CAGCAGAUGUUCGUAGAUAUAGGAGGAAGAGGAAUCAAAGGGUAAAAACCCUAACCCCAAAACACAAAAGAAUUUGUUUUUCCCGUUCAUAAUUGGAUCAAGAAGAAGGAAUCAAAUGGGAACCGAAACUUCAUCGGCUAUGGAGAUUUCGGAGCCAUUGCUCCAUGAUGAACAUCAAGCGAAAACUAAGGGAGUCAAACUAUCAGAUGCGGAUGAAACUAUUCCAGAAUGGAAAGAACAGAUCACGAUAAGAGGUUUAGUGGUUAGCGCUAUCCUUGGAACUCUCUUCUGUAUCAUAACCCACAAGCUCAAUCUCACGGUAGGAAUCAUUCCAUCCCUUAAUGUUGCUGCUGGUUUACUGGGUUUCUUCUUUGUCAAAUCAUGGACCACCUUCCUCCCCAAACUGGGUUUGUCUGUAAGACCUUUUACCCGGCAGGAAAACACUGUUAUUCAGACCUGCGUUGUCGCUUGUUAUGGCCUUGCUUUCAGCGGGGGGUUUGGUUCAUAUUUGAUUGCUAUGGAUGAGAAGACUUAUAAGUUAAUUGGGGAGGGCUAUCCUGGAAAUCGGGCACAAGACAUUAUUGAACCUGGUUUGUUGUGGAUGAUGGGUUUCUUAUUCGUCGUUAGUUUCCUUGGUCUUUUUAGUCUUGUCCCACUUCGCAAGGUUAUGGUGAUGGACUACAAACUCACAUACCCCAGUGGAACAGCCACAGCAAUGUUAAUAAACAGCUUCCAUACUAACAUGGGAGCAGAACUUGCAGGGAAACAAGUGACAUGUCUUGGGAAGUAUCUGAGCAUAAGUUUUGUUUGGAGUUGCUUUAAAUGGUUCUUCAGUGGAGUUGGAGAUUCAUGUGGGUUUGAUAACUUUCCUACGCUUGGACUUGCCCUCUACAAAAAUACAUUCUACUUUGAUUUCAGUCCGACAUAUGUUGGUUGUGGACUUAUAUGUCCUCACAUAGUGAAUUGUUCAGUUCUGUUGGGUGCUAUCAUUUCAUGGGGUUUUCUCUGGCCCUUCAUUUCUCAGCACGCAGGAGAUUGGUAUCCAGCUGAUCUUGGUAACAAUGACUUCAAAGGUCUUUAUGGAUACAAGGUCUUUAUUGCUAUUUCCCUUAUACUUGGUGACGGCCUGUACAAUUUGAUUAAGAUUAUUUCAUUGACCAUUUGGGAAAUGUGCAAGAAGAGCUCCAAACAGGACCUUCCAACCACUAAAGAAGAGGAUCUAGGUGAAGAGAAUUCGGAGUUGCUAUUGCUACAGAAGAAAAGGGACGAGGUAUUUCUAAAAGACAAGAUACCAUCAUGGAUCGCUGCUUCCGGUUACAUCUGCCUUGCUGCAAUAUCAAUGGCUAUAAUUCCAUCAAUCUUCCCUCCUCUCAAGUGGUAUCUAGUCCUCUGUUCGUAUCUCUUUGCUCCAGCUCUUGCAUUCUGCAAUUCCUAUGGAACUGGUCUCACAGACUGGAGUUUAGCAUCCACCUAUGGAAAAAUAGGUCUCUUCACAAUCGCAGCAACAGUCGGAACAGAAGGAGGAGUCAUAGCAGGUUUAGCCGCUUGUGGUGUCAUGAUGUCGAUCGUUGCAACUGCAGCCGAUCUGAUGCAAGAUUUCAAAACAGGUUAUCUGACGCUAUCGUCAGCCAAAUCCAUGUUCGUCAGCCAAUUGAUCGGAACAGCUAUGGGUUGCGUGCUUUCUCCGCUUACAUUUUGGAUGUUUUGGACCGCAUUUGAUAUUGGAUCGCCAGACGGUCCUUAUAAGGCUCCUUAUGCGGUUAUAUUUAGAGAAAUGGCAAUUCUCGGAGUUGAAGGGUUUUCAGAGCUUCCCAAACAUUGUUUGGCUAUUUGUUGUGGGUUCUUUAUAGCGGCUUUAAUUGUGAAUCUUUUGAAAGAUGUGACGCCUUCGAGUGUUUCUGGGUAUAUACCGAUUCCGAUGGCAAUGGCGGUUCCUUUUUAUAUUGGAGCUUAUUUUGCUAUCGAUAUGUUUGUUGGGACCGUGAUAUUGUUUGUAUGGGAGAAAAUUAACAAGAAGGAAUCGGAAGAUUAUGCUGGGGCGGUUGCUUCUGGUUUGAUAUGUGGAGAUGGGAUUUGGACGAUUCCUUCUGCGCUUCUUUCGUUGUUCAGGAUUAAUCCGCCUAUCUGUAUGUACUUUGGGCCUGCGGUGUCUCGAUAAAUGGCUGGAUCUUUUACCAGGUCUUUUUAAUGUUGUUGUUUGUUACUUGAAAUAGUUGACAAGGACUUGUAAAUGUGUUUCCUUGAUGUUUUUUUAUUGUUAUAUGGGACUUAAUGUAUUUGAUUUCUGCAAUUUAUUUUAGGUA